AUCAAUUAGUUUAUUUAUUUUUCCUUUUUGUUGUUUGAUUAAACCAAGCGCCCAUAGUGCUACUUGAGAAUUAGACCUCGCCAACAAAAUCCCUAAAUUCAACGAGAAGAAUCGCAACAACGUCAUGUCUUGUCAAUAAUAAGUGCUUACUAGAAACAAGAAUUAACGUUAAUGCUGAAAAUUAUAGAGAUUAGCAUUAUGUUAAUAAGAAUUAUGUUAUACUUUUGCAUAUAACAACAAAACAUAAUCACCUUGGACUAAUUUGGUUUCUUCUUACUAUAGAGAAGGAAUAUAAAAAGAUAGAAAAAAAGACAUAAAAAUGUUAUAUCUAUUUGAAAACAGAAGUUGAUAAUUUAAAUAUAGUUAAGUUUCUGCGUGAGAGGAAACGCAUUUUGAUGCUAGGACUAAAUUAUAUAAAUAUGUUUUACUGCAACAUUGUAUAAAGGAAAGUAGAAAUGUAAAUGUUGUAAAAUUGUAGAUGAUGAUAGAAGAAUUGUUUGAAGCUGAAUUAUUAAAAUGUUAUUCUGAAAUUGGAAUAUGCACAGACAAAAAUUUAUUACUGGGAAACUGUAAGUUUGAGGAACAACUUCCAACCUUAAGAUUGUUAUUGGAUUUUAUGAAAUGUGUAUUUAUUGAAUCUUCUGACAUUGAAUAUAAAGAAGAGGAAUCCAUUGAUGAUUUAUUAAAUGUUUAUAUCAAUGAAGAUCUAAGUACAUUGACAUCUAAUGUUGAACCAAAGUUAAAUUAUACUGAAUCUUUACAAUAUUUUGAUAACUUACAAAAGGAGUUAAUUGAAUAUCAAGAAUUAUCAUCUACCUGUGAAUCAAAAAAAGAAGAACAAACAAGAGAAUGCAUCAGAGAGAACGAAGAAAACCAAGGUAGUGAGGAAGAUCAAAAUUUGCUAUUUAACACAGAAAAAAAAAAAUUUAUAGAAGCUUUUUCCUCAAUUGGGUCAUGGCCAAUGUUUAACACAAAAAGUACAAAAACUAAUUUGUAUUCCAUGGAUGCUGAUAUACAAAAGAUAUAUUCAAAUUUUUCCUCUCUAACACAGUUUUUGCAGGCAAAAGAGGAAAUAUCUAAUGCAAGCAUACCAAAGGAAAUAAGCAAAAUAAAUACAUCGUUAAAUGAAAUUGUUGGAGAUGCAGUCACAGCUACCGAAGAAACCUUGAAUGUUAUAAACAGCUAUUAACUACUAAUAUUAUUUUAAUUUACUUAGUUUUUGUAAGUCCUACUCUAUACUUUUUUACUUUUAUAAAAAUAAAUGUAUUUCAGGGUAUAAAUAAAAUACUAAUAUUUAAAAACUGA